AUGCCCGGUGCAAACGUAGCAGUCCUCCCGCCCCCCGCGGCCUCGACAGCCUCUUCGCGAAAGGCCUCGCUGGCACCCGAACGUAAAUACAAGUGCCAGUUCUGUAACAGGGCCUUUAGCAGGAGCGAACAUCGAAGUCGCCAUGAACGAUCACACACAAAGGAGCGACCUUUCAAAUGUAUGAAGUGCAGAAGCACUUUUGUCCGUCGCGAUCUUCUUCUCAGACAUGAUCGUACAGUCCACGCCAAGGAUGGCGGCGUCCCACUUCACAGCGACGGCAAGCGCCGGGCUGGCCCCAAGACCCGCGCCGUCGGCGCGCCCUCGAAAUCAUCAAUCGCCAUCGAUACAUCAACUCUGGAGCAAAUGGAAUCCGGUGCCGAUGCCAUGUUCGACGUGGAAGCUGCUGCAAUGCUUGUGGCCGAUCUACACCACAAAGCCACAGCUGCGAUGCGCGAAGACCACUCGUACGAGGACAGUCCUUCGAUGGCAUACUCACCCCAUAACGCUUCUGCCAUGGAAUCUACAGUGACAUACCCAUCCGGUGCCAUUGCACUGCCCCAGGUUCAGUGGGACGGUUUCAUGUCUCAAUCAGUCGCUGAGCCCAAGGCACACUCAAUAACCUCAAGCGCGUCUGGUUCAUUCGAGUCGCAGCCUUCUUUCACCAGCGGAGCUACAAUGCAGCCUCAGUCUAACCAACUGCCUCCUAUCAAUGGUCAAAAUUGCAAUGGCUUAGUCCCCGCUCUACAGUCGAUGAUCAAUUCGUUACCAAACUCUGCCGCCGCGCCACCAUCCCCUUGGGUUUCGGAGUCAUCCAAAGCUGGCUACAAGGCUCCCGAAGUGUCAGGCGACGAUGAGCGCAACGCUAUUUUGGACAACAUCCGCAAUGCAGACAGCGAGCAUGCCAUUCCUGAGGGAUUCCGUCUUCCUGGCCUUGGAUCGCUAAACCGAUACCUUUCAACAUACUUUGGGCUAUUCCACCACCAUCUACCUUUCCUGCACCCAGCCUCAUUUCACCCUACCAAAGUCUCACCCCAACUGUUGCUGGCAGUCCUUAGCAUCGGUGCUCUUUAUGCCUUUGAUCAAGAACAAGCAUACAUGCUCCACAUCGGCUCCAAGGUUUUGGUUAACCAAUUUCUUCAAAGUAAGGAGAACUUCAGCUCUCGCAAGUGCCCCUUGUGGACGAUGCAGAGCAACCUGCUGAACAUGAUCUUUGCCAGCUGGAGUGGUGAUCCCAAGGGCCUUGAAUGGACGUGCUCGAUCAAGAGUCUGCUCGCCAACAUGGUCGCCGGUAACAGGUAUGAGCUUAAGCUCCGCCAGGAAGCUCGCACAAACGCAAAGCCAACUCGUGCCGAAUGGGUCGAAGACGAGGGCUGCCGCCGUACAUACUAUGCAGUCUACAUCUUCUUUGGCCUGCUGACUCUCACAUACAAUCAUACACCUGCCAUCAGUUUCAGCGAAUUUGAAGAUCUACAGCUCCCUUCAACCGAAACACUCUGGAACUUGCAGGUUGCAGAUGAGGCGACGUGGCAAGAACACCUUGCAGCUUCCACGACUGUGACCUUUAUGGAGGCUCACGACAACCUUUUCCAGGGCGAGACCCUUCGGUACAGCACAUUUGGUACCCGUGUCAUGAUCAAUGCUUUGUUCCUCGAGGUCUGGUAUCACAAGCGAAGCCCUGAAGCAUUGCAAGAUGUGGUUACAGAGUACAAACUGCGGCUGGCUCUGGAGACAUGGGAGAAGUCUGUUGACAUGUGCGAGACCGAAGCAUUCCCGGUUCCCAUCAGCGCCCCUCACAAGGGCCACCCCUUGAUCUUCAACGCCAAAGCCAUGUACCGUAACGCUCGUGCCCGCCUAGAGGUCGACCUCAAGGCAGUACAAGAGGCCUUACGCUACCAUGAACCCUACGAGGUUGCGGCCGCGAUGACGCAUGCUCGUGACCGUGUAAAGCGUUCAAGUGAGAUGGUCAAGGUUAUCGACGAAUGCUACAAUUGUCUUGAAACCGUUGUCUCCCAGGGAGUGAGAUGGAUUGCCCGUGUAUCGCCUACCAACUGGAGCGUAGAGCACGCGCUUUGUGGCAUGGAUCUGAUGAUCAUUCUGUCACUUUGGCUCUAUCGUCUGGAACACGACGAGGAGCCUGCUACCCAGGAGGAACUGGCAAUGUACAACAAAGUCCGUCAGCUUCUGGUCAAAGAAAUUGACGAGAACUACAUGUCCCAACUGAGUGCAGUUGUUGCAAGACUCUGGGGCUCGAUUUUGGACGAAGUUGUCGUUUGGGGCAUGACACGACUCAUGGGCGACUCUUUCAAACUACACUCUCAGGCUCUCGUCGGCUAUGUUGACGACCCUGAAGCUUCCUCUAAUGUUUCCACUCCCUCGAUGAUCUCGCAGGGGGCCGAUGAGGACAGCGUGUACUAA